UCUCCGCCGAGCCCCCGGGGCCAGGUGUCCCGGGCGCGCCACGAUGCGGCCGCGGCUGUGGCUCCUCCUGGCCGCGCAGCUGGCAGUUCUCCAUGGCAACUCAGUCCUCCAGCAGACCCCUGCAUACAUAAAGGUACAAACCAACAAGGUGGUGAUGCUGUCCUGCGAGGCUAAAAUCUCCCUCAGUAACAUGCGCAUCUACUGGCUGAGACAGCGCCAGGCCCCGAGCAGUGACAGUCACCACGAGUUCCUGGCCCUCUGGGAUUCUGCAAAAGGGACUAUCCACGGUGAAGAGGUGGAACAGGAGAAGAUAGCUGUAUUUCGGGAUGGAAGCCGGUUCAUUCUCAAUCUCACAAGCGUGAAGCCGGAAGACAGUGGCAUCUACUUCUGCAUGAUCAUCGGGAGCCCCGAGCUGACCUUCGGGAAGGGAACUCAGCUGAGUGUGGUUGAUUUCCUUCCCACCACUGCCCAGCCCACCAAGAAGUCCACCCCCAAGAAGAGAGUGUGCCGGUUACCCAGGCCGGAGACCAAGAAGGGCCCACUUUGUAGCCCCAUCACCCUUGGCCUGAUGGUGGCUGGCGUCCUGGUUCUGCUGGUUUCCCUGGGAGUGGCCAUCCACCUGUACUGCCGGCGGAGGAGAGCCCGGCUUCGUUUCAUGAAACAGAAAUUCAAUAUCGUUUGCCUGAAAAUAAGUGGUUUCACAACUUGCUGUUGUUUUCAGAUUUUACAAAUGAGCAGAGAAUACGGUUUUGGUGUCCUGCUACAAAAAGACAUCGGUCAGUAACGAGCAAGAUGUGGAAAAAUGAGAGAAGGGACACAUUCGACCCUGGAGAGUUCAAUGGCUGCUGAAGCUGCCUGCUUUUCCCUGCUGCAAGGCCUUUCUGUGUGUGACGUGCAUGGGAGCAACUUGUUCGUGGGUCAUCGGGAAUACUAGGGAGAAGGCUUCAUUGCCCCCAGGGCACUUCACAGAGUGUGCUGGAGGACUGAGUAAGAAAUGCCACCCAUGCCACCGCUUCUGGCUCCUGUGCUUUCCCUGAGCUGGGACCUUUAGUGGUGGCCGUUUAGCCACCAUCUUUGCAAGUUGCUUUGGGUAACAUUGGGUCCUGGGUCUUUCAUGGGGUGAUGCUGGGCUGGCUCCCUCUUGGUCUUCCCAGGCUAGGGCUGACCUUCCUCGCAAAGAGGCCAGGUGCAGGUCGGGAAUGAGGCUUGCUGAGAGAGGCUGUCCAGUUCCCAGAAGCCAUGUCAGUCUCUGAGGGCUUCCUUUGGGGCCGGGAAAUUGCAGGUUUGAGGAUAGGAGUUCACUUCAUCUUCCACUCGUAAGUUUCUCAGCUCCCAUUUCUACUCUCCCAUGGCUUAAUUCUUCUUUCAUUUUCUGUUCUUUUUAUACAAAUGUUUUAGUUGUACAAAUAAAGUCCCAGGUUAACGAUAACAAA